AUGUCUUCUGCAACGGCAACGGCGUUAAAGACGGUUUUACGCCAAGAAAUGCGUAAAAUACUAAGUGAUUUGCCUGCAGAGACUGUCCGCCGAGAAAGUAAGAUAGUGACAGAUAUAAUAUUCUCUAUACCUGAAUACCAAAUGUCCAGCAAUAUUAGUAUAUACACCAGUCUUCCAAAAGGUGAAAUCAAUACCAGAGAUCUUAUAAAAGAUGCUCUUGAGCAAGGAAAAUCUUGUUAUGUUCCAAGGUGUAACCCUCAGACUGGUAUUAUGGAUAUGGUCAAACUAGUAUCGUAUGAUGAUUAUUUGUCACUUCCACUCAAUCAUUGGGGUAUACCCGAACCCGGGUUAGAUGAAGAACGAAUAAUCGCAAACGAAUUGGAUAUGAUCAUAAUGCCAGGAUUAGCAUUUGAUCACAAGAAAAAUAGGUUAGGGCAUGGUAAAGGAUUCUAUGACAGGUAUUUGGCAAAAUAUAAAACAAAGAUCCGUAGUACACUACCAAAAACAGUUGCAUUGGCAUUAGAUGUGCAAGUACUCAACGACGGAAUAAUCCCAACGGAUCAAUACGACCAGAAGCCCGACUUUAUAUUAUCAGCAAGUAAACAGAUCGUAUGA